GAGGGCUGCACGCGGUGGAACUAAUAAAUCCUCUCCUUCGGGCUAGUACGCGGUUCGAUCGCGCUUUCCCCGUGUGAGUGCACGCCAGCUAACUGUCGAGGACCCAUCAAUUGCAGGAUAGCUUCCUGCUUCUUUGUUUGUCCUGCAGCCUUACAGCCGCCGAGACUCCGCAUACGUUGGCUGUGACGCUCGUGAACGAUAGCAAACCGCUCACCCGUGGGCCACCCGCACCCCAAGCACCGCACCUCUUGGCUGGGGGCGUCUCACAACAUCAGCAGACGGCCCUUGAGCUGCAGACACCUCCGCACAUACCGGAAUCCUCUCGAAUUCACGCAGAUCGAACGGCCCCGAGCCGUACCCACGCCCACGAUGAAGGCUGCACCGUUGCUGGUGUCCUGGCACAACGAGAACGCACCCAUAUACUCGGCCCACUUCGAGCCCCACGGCAAGGGACGACUGGCGACAGCUGGCGGCGAUAAUAAUGUGCGACUCUGGAAGGUCGACAACAAUGGGGAAGACCGCAAGGUCACUUAUCUCUCGACGCUUGUCAAACACACUCAAGCAGUCAAUGUUGUGAGGUGGAGUCCGCGAGGCGAAGUGCUGGCUACCGCUGGUGACGAUGGCAAUGUGCUGUUGUGGGUACCAGCUGAGAACCAGACGAUCACACACAACUUCGAGGAAGGCCUCGAGGACAAGGAGUCGUGGCGAGUCAAAACAAUGUGCCGGUCGAUAGGGUCAGAGAUCUACGACCUUGCGUGGUCUCCAGAUGGAGUAUACUUCAUUACAGGGAGCAUGGACAAUGUUGCACGCAUCUACAACGCCCAGACAGGAGCCAUUGUACGGCAGAUCGCCGAGCACAACCACUAUGUGCAGGGUGUGGCAUGGGAUCCGCUGAACGAGUUCAUUGCAACUCAAUCGUCAGACCGCUCCGUGCACGUCUACACGCUGAAGACCAAGGAUGGCCAGUUCGCACUCGACCCGCACAACAAGGUCGCAAAGAUGGACCUUCCUGCUCGCCGAAUUUCAUCAAAUAGUCCUGCACCGCCCGACUUUGGCGCACGAGCUUCGUUCGCAGCGGACUCAACUAUGGGCAUUGGCUCACCCGUGCCUUCGAUGCCUGGCACUCCGCAGUCUCUGGCUUUGCCUGCUAUGCAUCCACCUCCCACCUCCCACAGCCGCCGCUCAUCGAUUGGCGCCAUGUCGUCCCCGUCUAUGCGACGAUCUGCCUCCCCAGCACCCUCGUUGCCAUUGCCUGCUGUCAUGCCCAACUCUCCUAGUUUGAGUAGCGUUGGAAACAUGGGUGUUCGCAACGCAUCCAUCUAUUUCAACGAGACGCUGACGUCAUUCUUCCGACGUCUUACGUUUGCCCCCGAUGGUAGCCUGCUAUUUACUCCUGCCGGUCAAUACAAGGCUGUUCAUCCAUCGUUGGCCGAUGUGGGCAAACCGACCGAAGACGUCACAAACACUGUGUACAUCUACACUAGAGCCGGGUUGAACAAGCCUCCAGUCGCGUUCCUGCCCGGACACAAGAAGCCGUCUGUGGCCGUCCGCUGCUCACCCGUCUACUACACUCUCCGUCAAGAUGGGCCACCGACGAAGCACGUUGCUAUCAACACGUCCAUGGACGAUGACAUGCCGUCUCUGCCGGAGCCAGUCCUGCCAUCCGUGCCUCCCACAUCACACUCCUCUAUGGACCCGCCACCGAUUACCAGCGCACCGUCGCCUGCCCCAGCCGCAUCCCCUGCACCGACUGACAGCAAUGGUCCACCUCCAGGCCCACCGUCAGCUUUUAGUCUAGGCUAUCGUAUGAUAUAUGCGGUUGCGACUCAAGAUGCGAUUCAUAUAUACGACACGCAACAACAGAAGCCUUUGUGUAUCGUCAGCAACCUACACUUUGCUACUUUUACUGACAUCACAUGGUCGAAUGAUGGGUCAACUCUGCUCAUGACCUCAUCCGAUGGCUUCUGUUCGGCCGUCACCUUCACGCCUGGUGAAUUGGGCGAGAAAUACACAGGGCCGCUUGCCCCCUCGACGAAACGGCAUGCGACUCCAGCUGCUAUAAACGUCAGUGCAGCGCAGUCGUCGAACCAUUCGACUCCGACACCAACGCCAACAGGCACAAGCAUUCCCAUACAGACUAUCGAAAAGGCACCUCCGAUGCAGCGACAGCCCUCAGCAGGGUUUCCAGCAUCUCCAAGCUCUUUUGUACCGGCCAGACCUGGUAGCCCGACAAGGAGCAACUCCGUCUCCAGCAUCGCUACCGCAUCGUCGUUUGCCCCUGGUGUUGGCGAUCCCGGCUCGAUGAAUGCGCCGACCCCAGCAAUGUCGUCAGUACCUAGUCUGGCAGCAGCAAAUUCAGGGCCUGUCCCCAUGUGGACGCCACCACUCACUCCUGCGCACGGGCAGGGCAACACUCACAGCGCGAGCAGCUCCGUUAGCGGCAUCCCUGGCAUCGCAACUGGACGAAGAGAGAGCGAACAGAGUGAGUCAGGUCGUGAUGAUGUUGCAGCGCCUGGCGUGAAGAAGCGCGAGCUGCACUCCGUUCCAGAGGAAGAAGGACGUGAGAGCAAGAAGAGGCGCAUUGCGCCGAUACCCGUCACUAUGGGUAACGAAGGCGACAAUGCGGUCGCAAGUAAGGAGAGCACGCCGGCACCGGUGGCACCUGGUCCGCAACGGUGAUUCUGGAGUUGGAACUGCGUUUUCGAUUUAAGUGUUUCAGCGGGCGUUCAUGGGUCAAGCGCUCAGCCGUGAUUUUGAGCCGGGCUGUUUGUUCCCGCGCAUGAUCAGUAUAUCUUUCUCGGUGUUUAUCAACGUCGAGGACGAAUCCCUCGACCGCAGACGCAUCAUUGUGCUGUGGCAUUCCUCUAGUAUACCCUGUUCAUUAUGUCGCAAUUAGCUUAGAUUUCAACUCUCUCCAGUCUCUGGUGGACUUCCUGCACUGCGGUGACGUGGAGUGGCCAAUCACGGCAAGCACACGUGCGGGCCGCCAACCGCUGGUUGGCCGAUACUGAUGUAAGACAAG